AUGUCUGCAAGCGACACGGGAAUCAUGACACUCUCUGCGAUGGCGUGCAGCGCGGAGGACAAACAAAUGGAAACGGCAUCGAGUUACGCAGCUCCGGUGCUGGAAGAGACUCACAAACUGCAGUUGACACCGCUUUCGGUGUCGCGCACUUCAACACCUUCUUCAACGUCGUCCAGCUCGCUGCGCAGAGCACGUAAUUUCUGGUCUGUGCACGAAGAUACAGCCCUGGUGUCCACAGUGAUCGAUAACACAGCCAUUUUGAAAGGCAGUGAUAACAGUAAUCGGCCACGCGGUCGGUUCUGGUUGCAUAUCAGCUUCGAGCUGAAAAAUAAGCACGGUAUAACCCGUAACAAACGGCAGUGUCGGGACCGGUUCAACCUACUUUUUUGGAAAGCGGUGCGGGACCGUAACACGAGCCGCGGCGAACUCAAACGCCUGGAUGCGUUACUGUCACAAUGUUUGACGUUGCUAUACAUCGACAAGAACAAUGUGAUCAUGUUGAAAGAAAAUGGUGUCAACGACAAAUUGGGCAUGAACCACACUCUGGGAGCGGCGCCCGAAAUGCCUCGAUUGACCGAGGACACAGGCCUGCACAGUCCUGCCAUGUCAAUGUACAGCUCGGUGAGCGAUGGUGCUCCAGACAUGGGCUACGAGUCGCUUGCGGAGCUGGCUUCCGGUUUGCAGCGACAGGUGAGUGCUUUGACGCAACAAGUAGAAGACUUGUCAGGCUUGGUGGCGGAAGAACGGUCGCGGGUUGACGUGUUGAUGAAACAUGGGAUGUACAGCGGUAGCAUUGGUGUUGGCAGCAUUGGUGGUGGUAUGGGGUUGUACCCGCCCGUGACAAGACAAGAGCCAAUGUUCGUUGCAGAUGCAUGUUGCCGGUCGGGCAACGGAUAUGGCAAGACUGCUCCUACCAGCGGUAGCUACACAAUGUCUCCGUACUUACUGGCCCGACGGGACUGA